AUGUUUAGCGAUUUCCGGAUCAGCGACACCGUGAAGUUUCGAGACUUGGCCAAGUACUUGAUACUGUACUUCUACGGCGGUAUUUUUCUUGACGCAGAUAUUGAGCUGCUGCACGACCCCACGGAGCUUUUUAUGCGUUUAAGCGCAGCUACUUCAUCUCCUUCUAGAUCUAGUACAACUACUAGUACUGCUACAUCGCCCUCAAGCUCCACCUCCACUCGCGCGGUCCUGCCGAGUACGACGACCGCAGCUGUUCCUAUGCCUACGACUGGGACAAGAGGAAAGAGCAUUAUUAUGGACGACACGACUGCCGUGAUCUACAGCGAACCGCGCCACCCUUUCUGGAUCGAAAUGAUGUACCACAUCGAUGCUACGAUCUACAGUGAGGUGCAGAAACAGGAGCCUGCGUUUGCCGUCAAGACCAACGCAAACGGCGCGCAAAUCAUGGAUGCCAGCAUGAUUCAUGCCAUGAACACGGCCUAUGUCGACCUCUACUUGUGCGAACAAACGCUGCCUGCGGGGGUUUGUUUGCGGAAAAACGUUGUGUCGGAUAUGUUUGAAAAAUUGUCAAAAAGCCAAAACCACUACUGCAAUGGUACCAAUUCGUCCUCGAACAGCAGCAGGGAUGAUUCGGCUGCGGUGCAGCAUGUUUGUACGACGACGGACCGGAGGGAGGGUGUCGACCACGGCGGUCGCAAUAUCUCAAUCAGCUCUCGGCGAAGCAUCCAUUACUGCCCAAAGUACUACCAGUUUUCGCCCCGGACUCUGUGGCACGCCUACGAGCGCUCGGUGUUUGGUGUGUACGGUUCCGAUGACAUUUAUUCCCUGAAAAUUAACCAACCCCAUGAAGAUCCAAUUUGUCACGCAAAGGCAAAGCAUGCAUAUAUUACAAAUCGUUUCGUGGAGGACUCUCGACUCUGAACUCUGUGUUUGUAGUCAACAUCUACCGCAAAAGAUGGAUGGGGAUCAUGGUAAAUUUUCCGGGAAUGCCAUUUUCUUUCUUCCCUGGCACAAUUUCAACCCACUGCAACUGCAGUUUAACCUGUGGAAGAGCGCGGCUUUUCGAUUGCAGGCGGAGCUCCGGCGCACGGCGGUGCUGCGUCAAAACCGCACGCUGCGAGACGAGAUCCAUCGCCAGAAUGCGAUUGCGUCACAGCGUGCGGCAAUGACAUCAAUUAGGGCGCGAGAAGAUGACGACAGUCCUUCCUCGAUUCGUGCAAGUAGGAAAUCACGCCCCUUCUCGUGCGCCAGCCAGUUAGGCUGGUCGCCCUCGAUUUGGAAGAUCGCGGUAGACGUUGACAGACAUUUGGACAGGAAGGAAGCCGAGCAGCAGCGCCUGUUGUACAGUAGCACUUUCAAGAGGAAGAGCAGCAGCAAGGGUACCGCCUCCGUCAGCAGUAGAGGCACCUCCGCAGCUUCAUCUUUCUCGUCCGGGGCCUUUGCAAAUUUCAAUUUGCAGCAAGAGCAAAGUGGAGCUGAUGCUUCUCGUCGGUCACUUCAGGACAAAAAAGAUCAAGAUACGGAGAUCGAUUUGCCGGACCUGCAUCGGGCGUGGCUUCCCCGGCCCAAAUUACAGCUGCUGUUGCGGACCGACUAUGUGGGCAUGAGUGAAUACUUGUUUUCACAUCAUGACUGCUACGGCGGUUCCUGUGCGGGGAGGUACGAAGAUCAGUGUUGGGCCAUUGCUGCUUACGACCGCGGUGCUUGGCUUCAAGAAGACCAACCCGCAGGUUUUCUCAAGUACUACGGCAUUCGGGGGCGGCGACAAAACUAUUGGUCGCACUACAACUUGAAGGAGAGUACGGACACGGAGAACAACGAUGCUGGGCGGGGCAGCACGAUGAACGAGAUGAACUCAAACGCUACAGCGAAUCAGGUUCAAGUCGGCGUGUCAAAAAGAAAAACAAGGACCACGACCACUCUAGUUUCAGAGCGGGCGGCUACGGAACCAGUAGCCGUUCAUCAAUUUGCCGAAGGAUUUUCUGAAAAUGGGCAUAAUAUCAGUCGUGCUCCCGCCGCGCCCGCGGGGAGCGUGCUUCUUCAGGACCCCGGGCUCGACGUAGACGAGCUACCUCAGCGGCGUAGAGCAGAACUCAGCUUUGUGGAAUUGGUGCUUUAUGCUACCGGGAAGUCCAUCCACUUCCAUAGUUUUACCAAUAUCCGUAGUCCAUCUAGAAGCAAGGACUCGCGUUGCCGCAACGCCGUUGCGGCGCAUUUUGAAUGUGACGAAAAGUAUCAUUUACAUUUUGCAUGUCAAGAUACGUAAAAUUUAUGAUAUCCGUUACCGUUUGAUGGGCCACUUUGACGAAAAGGCGGGCCAGUUUUCUGGGUCGGGAAGCAUUAUCGAGCGGCAUGAAGUAGUGACAACGGAAAACAACAGCGCAAAUUCUGAACUUAGCUGGAGAAGAUCAUACUUGCUUCUGAUUUUUUACGAUUUGAGCUAUUGGUGUGCUUUGCUACGUGAUAUGCUUCGGCGAAAGAGUUCGAGCGUUCCGAUCCAUCACGCACAGUCCAUGUCUACACAGUCGCAUAAAGACGAGGUCGGAGCCCUUUCUUGGAAUCCCGAAGAUGCAACGAAUCAAAGACAGUAUCAAACUGAUGCAGAUCCAGUCCGCGACCUGUAUUACAUGUGUGAGAGCAAGGAGAAAGUACAAGGAGAAGCUCCAGCACGCCGCCCUGGGGACGCAUCUCCUCGGCAUGACGAUAUAGGCGAAAGCAGUGGAGCGAGAAAAGCAAAAAGCGAAGCAAGCAGGAGUAGGACAAGAAAGAGCGGCGCUGCCUGUCUGUAUGCUCUUGCACGAGAUUCUCUCGGGGAGGCAGUAACGUAUGGCACCGCCGCGGCCAUGCGAGAUCGUGUCUAUGCCGUUCACCAUACGAAGCAAGACAGCGCCACCUCCCCCUCAUUUGUGUGCCAUCAAGAAGCUGCUUGUCUCUGCUAGCAGAUGCAGUAGAAGUAUUAAUUUUCACGUCUCGGCUGGUGCAGCGGUGUUCCGACUGGUCAGGGAACAUCACUGCAAAACGGAGCCGCAGGACUUAGAAACAUAUCAAACUUGUUUGCAGCAGCAGCUGUACUAUUGAAUCCAAUAGACUGUGUCUACUGGUGAUGUGAAUGAUGGGUCGGGGGAGUGGGCCAUUCUGAUUCUCAUACACCACUUCGACGGGUCAUGGCUGCCCGCUGGCAGUAUCCACAACAGCGACGAUUUUUCUAGUCGAUUACAGCUACGCGCGUUCCUUCGCCGUGAUGUACAUCAAAAAGUUGAAAAUAAUUUCAUAGAAAGUGAAAGUGAAAAAAAUCCACAACUCAUAUAAUUGAAAGCAAUGUCUAUGACAAUCAUGAUAGCUGCUUGGCUACGGCUAGUAAUGGGGACAACAGCUUCAAAGCGGAGGCUCAACUACAUCUGUGGUGCCUCAUCGUCGGGAUUCACUCUUUUAGCGAGUUUCCAUCUGUGAGAUACACAUAAAGGCAAACGCUUUGACUUUGAACCAGCAAAAAGAAAAAACGAACAAGACCGAAUCGGAAUCGCACAGAGGUUGAAUCUGAGUGGGUGGUGGAAUCGGAUCGCGUAUAGAGUUAGAGACAGAGGAGGCCGCGCGGCCGGCCGAGUGCUUGUGAGGAAC